AUGUACGUGGUCAAGCGCGAUGGAUGGCUGGAAACUGUUGACUUGGACAAGAUUACUUUGCGACUUAACAAGCUAAGUAAUGGGCUUAGCAGUUACCAUUGUGACCUCCUUGUUGCUCAGAAAGUCUCUGCUCGUUUCUAUAAUGGAAUCACUACGACUCAACUCGAUGACUUGGCUGCUGACACUGCUGCUGCCAUGUCUUGUAACCAUCCUCAUUAUGCCUCGCUUGCUGCUAGGAUUGCUGUCUCAAAUCUUCACAAGAACACUAAGAAAUCAUUUUCUGAGACUGUAUCAUUGAUUUGUGUUUAUAUUUUCAUGGUUUCAGACAUGUCUGGACUCAAGUCUUCUCUAAUAGACGAGCAUGUAUCUAGAAUAGUUAUGGAGAAAUCUACUCGUCUGGACAGGGAAAUCGUAUAUGACCGUGAUUUUGAUUAUGAUUUCUUUGGAUUUAAAACGCUUGAGAGGUUGUACCUCUUGAAAGUCCAUGGGAAAGUUGUUGAAAGGCCUCAACACAUGCUCAUGAGAGUUGUUGUUGGCAUUCACAUGGAAGAUAUUGAUUCUGCAAUCAAAACUUACCAUUUGAUGUCUCAGAGAUUGUUCACUCAUGCAUCUCCUACUCUCUUCAACGCAGGAACUCCAAGGCCUCAAUUAAGUAGCAGCUUUCUUAUCUGCAUGAGAGAUGAUAGCAUCGAGAGCACACUCCAAAAGUGUGAUGUUAUAAGAAAAUCUGCAGGCAGUAUUAGUGUUUCAGUUCAUAACAUCCAGGGCACAAAUGGUGUUGUUCCAAUGCUGGAUGUUGAUCAAGGAGGAGGUAAGAAGAAUGGACCAUUUGCUGUAUACCUGGAGCCAUGGCAUGCUGACAUCUUUGAGUUUCUAAAGAUCCAGAAGAACCACGGAAAGGUACAGAACAGUCAGGAGGAGCACAUGGCUAUAGCUCUCUGGAUUCCAGAUCUUUUCAUGGAGAGAGUCAAACAUGAUGGGAAGUGGUCAUUGUUUUGUCCUAAUGAAGCUCCAGGUUUGGCAGAUUGCUGGGGCACAGAAUUUGAGAGACUGUACACAAAGUAUGAAAGAGAGGGAAAGGCGAAGAAGGUUUUUCCGGCGCAGGAACCUUUUUUUGAUAUCUUGACAUCCCAGCUAGAAACAGGAAUGCCAUACAUGCUUUUUAAGGAUUCAUGCAACAGAAAAAGCAAUCAGCAAAAUCUUGGUACCAUAAAGUCCUCUAGUUUAUGUACUGGAGUUAUUGAGUACACUAGUCCAACGGAAACCACUGUGUGCAAUCUUGCAUCAAUUGCUUUGGCCAGAUUUGUUAGAGAGAAAGACGUCCCAUUGGACUCUCAUCCAUCUAAGCUUGCUGGCAGCCUGCGGUCAAAGAGUCGUUACUUUGAUUAUGACAAGUUAGCCGAGGUAACUGCAAUUGUUACUAAUGAUCUCGAUAGGAUAAUAGACGGAAACUACUAUCCUGUGGAGACUGCAGAAACUUCAAACAUGCGUCAUAGACCUAUUGGUAUUGGAGUACAAGGUCUUGCAGAUGCAUUUAUCCUUCUUGGAAUGCCAUUUGACUCUCCAGAGGCCCAAAAACUAAAUAAGGAUAUAUUUGAAACCAUAUACUACCAUGCACUCAAAGCAUCUUCAGAGCUUGCUGCAAGAAAUGAUGCAUAUGAGACAUACAAAGGAAGUCCCAUGAGCAAGGGGAUUCUUCAACCUGACAUGUGGAAUGUGACUCCAUCAAACCGCUGGGACUGGGAUUUUCUUAGGGAAAUGAUAUCAAAGAAUGGAGUGAGGAACUCUCUUUUAGUAUCACUGAUGCCAACUGCUUCAACCAGUCAGAUUCUCGGGAACAACGAAUCUUUCGAGCCAUACACAUCAAACAUCUACAGCCACAGAGGAUUGAGUGGGGAAUCCAUACUUGUGAAUAAGCAUCUUCUUCAUGAUUUGACUGAAAUGGGUCUUUGGACUCCAACACUGAAAGAGAAGAUCAUUGAUGAGAACGGUUCGAUACGUAAUGUCCCAGAGAUACCUGAUGACAUGAAAGCUAUUUACAGAACUGCAUGGGAGAUUAAACAAAGAACCGUGGUCGACAUGGCUGUUGAUCGUGGAUGCUACAUAGAUCAAAGCCAAACCUUAAACAUAAACCUGGAAGAACCUAGCUACCAAAAACUCACUUCUUUACACUUUUAUACUUGGACUAAGGGUUUGAAAACCGGGAUGCACUACCUGCGAUCACGUGCUACAACUAUGGUCAAAUGUAAAUAAAGAAGUAGAAGAUAGUAAUGAAGACAGUCCUUGACAAACCUUUGAUGACUGUCUAAUGCAGUGCAUCAUCUCCUCUUACACGUUUCGUUCCUUAACGUUUUCAAGUUACUUUCCCUUUACAUUAUUUUUUAUUUCGUGUAGGUUUUACUUUUAAUUGAGCUUUCUAAUGAAAGAUGAUACUUUUUGGUAAGAAUUUCUCUGAUGAAAGAAUGCCUCCAGAUCUAAGAAAAACAAUAGUCCCUUCUCCUUGAAUUAGCCUUUCUUUGAAA